AUGGAAAGAAAGCUCCUAAAGAAGGAAAUGAAAAAACUCCUGGGAGAUUAUAUUGGCAUCAGACUUCGGGAAAAUGAAUUUGACCCAAAAGGAAGAAGGCAACUCACCUUUCUAGAUGAUAUGGCACACUAUGACUUGGCCAUCAAUGUUGCUUUGCAAUGGCUGGAUCACUUGGAAGACUUCACUUGGCUGGAGUGGGAGAAAGUGAAAAUGCCAUUUCAUGGCAGACCCACAUAUCCAAACCGGAAAGAAAGAGAAGCAAUGAUUUUAUCAUCUUACGCUGGAAUCUUAAUGAACAGUCUUCCAGUUGAGGAAGUCUUUAAAAUGUAUGGAGCCGAUUCUUCUACCAAUUCUGGGGCCACCAAGAAACAGGUGCAAAAGCCGGUGUUUCGUUUGUUGGCUUUUGCUGAAAAUGGUGGCGUGUCCCGAUGCGGUGGUAUGGCUGGGGAGACCGAUGCCGCCUUUUCCACACGGGUUCAGUUGCGGCUGUAA